GGAUUCAAACGGUGCGGGGCGUGGGAGGGGGCAGUUAGUGCGCGAGGCGUCCGUGAGGGGGGAACCAGAGGCUGCUGACCGUGCCGCUGCUCCAGCCUGUGCUGCCGCCCGCCAUGGCCCACAAGCAGAUCUACUAUUCCGAUAAAUACUUUGACGAGCAGUACGAGUACCGACAUGUGAUGCUGCCACGAGAACUUUCAAAACAAGUGCCGAAAUCUCAUCUGAUGUCUGAAGAAGAGUGGAGACGACUCGGUGUUCAGCAGAGUCUUGGCUGGGUUCACUACAUGAUCCAUGAGCCAGAACCACAUAUUCUGCUCUUCAGAAGACCUCUUCCAAAGGAUGAGCAGAAAUAAGCCAUCGUCUCUUGAAUCUUCUGGAACUAUGUAUAUGAGUGUAUAUAUGUUGGUAGUAUUCAGUGAAUACUUUAAAUUUACAAAACAUACAUCCAAACCUGUGCAUGAGCUGUAUUAUUCACAGCAACAAAGCUCAGUCAAAUGCAAUUCCAAGCAGGCUGCUAUGAUGUUUGAAGAGUGAUGACUUUAUCUUUUACUGUUAAUGUAAGUGCCUCUCUGACUUAAAUUGUGUUGAUGUUUGUGUUGCGUAUUCUGAUUAACUCCUCACUUGUUAGUGUUCUGUAACUUUUGCACUCGUCUUUUCUGCUGUAGUGUAGUAUGUUCAAAUCCAAUACUUCCACUGUUUAGUAGUAAGAAGGCUUAAGAAAUAAACUCCUUUUAAUGUUCUGUGAAA